CAAAUGCGGGUUUUUUGGUAGGAGGUCCUUUCGCCUGCUUUUCGAUAAAAACUCCAAUUGUUCCAUCUGGCAAUACUCACUCGUCUCCUUCACCAACAUUUCGACAUCGAACCACUUCUAAUUUUCCGUUCACAACCCCGCACGCAAUCAGACAUGGCUGAGAUGAACGACCUCAUCCACGUAACUUUCCGCCGUGCAACCAAAGACGACGCUCCCCAAGUCGCACAACUCGUAGAGGCCGCCUUCCGCGCCGAAGACAGCCGAGCAGAUUGGACGGCCGACAUGGAACUCGGCAGAUCGUUCCACUACUCAGCCGAUGAGGCCCUCGCCACCAUCAACAACCCGGAUGCAGUAGUCCUCAUGGGCAUUGACCACCACGGCGUCCUUGCGACCUCGGUUCAAGUCGUUUUCAAGCGUGAAGCUCAAAUGGCCCGUAUUGCCAUGCUUUCCGUGAAUCCCCAGCUGCAGCGCAGCGGUGUCGGGCGCCAAACUCUUGCUUCUGCCGAGGCAUACGCUUGGCAGCAUUACGACAUCAAGAAUUUUGGGUUGAAUGCCCUUUCAUCUCGCGAGAAGUUGCUCGCGUGGUAUGAGCGUUGUGGAUACCGAAGGACAGGAGAAACUUCGCCGUUCCCUGCUGAUCGGUUCCCUCGCCUAGAUCUUCCGAAAGAUUUGUGCUUCAUUGAGCUAGAGAAGGAUGCCACACAUGUUGUGGUUUGA